AUGUCUCCUGUUUUAUUUUAUUUAGCAGGGGUGUUUGCUGCUAGUUUGUUAAGCCCUGGGGUUAUCAAGGCAAUGGGUCGAGGAAGAGGAAAGGGUAAGAAGUUGAGUGUAAUUGACCCCAAUGAUCCAGGAAGUGAUGAGGAAGAGAAAAUCCCUACUCAGAGAGGAAGGCCACAAAAAUCACUCAAAGAUGACAUUGAGGAAGAAGCAACUGAGAUGAUCGAAGAGGAAGAUUCUGAGAAUGAAAAAAAUGGAAUUCCAAACUUGGAGAUUAAAAAUUCUGCUACGGGAAAUGGGAAGAAGAGGAAUCAGAAUACUCGGAUGAAAGAAAAGCAUGAUUCAGUUAAAGAAGAAAACGAUAAUGGAACAAGAUCAAGCAACGCUGAAUCUACUAGGUCAAAUAAUGGUUUCCGCCAUAGGCGGAAAAACAAGCCUCGCCGUGCUGCAGAAGCUGGUGUUGAGUGCAACUGA